AUGUCGGGGCCUGAAGAAAAAAAUACAGCAGCAAUGACCACUGUUGAAUCUGAUGACUCCGUCAAAGCAAUGAUCCAGUAUCUUGCCAGAGAUAACCAGCACAAGCUGGUGAAACCAUAUUACUUGUACCUCGACUACGACUAUGAUAUUCCUUCAACAAACACAACCGCCGAUGAGCAAUUUGUUCAGAUCCGUAAUGCUCGUAAUCUGGGUAUUUCCUCGAGAGAGAUGUUCUCCAAAUGGGGAUUUGCUCAGCUGCAUCUAAAUUGUUCUUUGACUCCUGAGGAGUAUUGGUAUAACGAGAAAGUGGAAGAAAUCCUAUACCCCAAAUACAAAUCAAUUGCCCAGUUUUUGUUUCCAAAUGCUGCGCGAGUUGAAGUCCUGGAGCACGCAGUAAGCAAAGACCCGAAGAAAGAAGACUUGAAACUGCUGAUUGACCGAGCCAGUCUAUGGAAACCAAUAAAAGGACCAGUAUAUGACUUUCCGCUCACGCUUUGCGAUCGCCGUACAGUAGACUAUGAAUCUCAGACCACUGCAAUGGAUGUCGUUACUCAUAAUUUCGCCAACGAAAAUGCUCGAGUAUACUUCGAUGAGAAGCACGAAUGGUACUACUGGCACGGCUUGCAAGUUGACGAGGUAAUUGCCUUUGUACAGGCUGAUUCAGCAGCAGAGAACAAAGCAGGAGUUCCCCAUACGGCUUUUCAAGAUCCCCGGAUCAAUGAUAAUAAGCAAUUGCGGGAGAGUAUUGAGGCUAGAGUGUUUGUUUAUUUUGACUGA